GGAAGUGCCGGCCCACUGGGAGCUGUCACCGUGGACAGCGGCAGCGGCGGCGACGGCAGCGGCGGUGGUGGCGGCGGCAGAGCCGGUAGUGGAGCCGCCGAGGAGGGUCACACAGCACAAUGCCAGCUCUGCCCUUGGACCAACUCCAGAUCACCCACACGGACCUGAAGACAGGAAAACUGAGGACUUCACCAGCGCUGCACCCCGAGCAGAAGGCAGACCGGUAUUUUGUGUUAUACAAACCGCCCCCUAAAGACAACAUUCCCGCCCUAGUGGAGGAGUACCUGGAACGCGCCACCUUCGUAGCCAAUGACCUCGACUGGCUCCUGGCCUUGCCUCACGAUAAAUUCUGGUGCCAGGUUAUCUUCGAUGAAACCCUGCAGAAGUGCCUGGACUCCUAUCUGCGCUAUGUCCCCCGAAAGUUUGAUGAGUGGGUGGCCCCAGCCCCUGAGGUUGUUGACAUGCAGAAACGCCUCCAUCGAAGUGUUUUCCUCACUUUUCUCCGCAUGUCCACUCACAAGGAAUCCAAAGAUCACUUCAUUUCCCCCUCUGCAUUUGGAGAAAUCCUCUACAAUAACUUCCUGUUUGACAUCCCGAAGAUCCUGGACCUCUGUGUGCUCUUUGGAAAAGGCAACUCACCAUUGCUCCAGAAGAUGAUAGGAAACAUCUUUACCCAGCAGCCAAGUUACUAUAAUGACCUGGAUGAAACCAUGCCCACCAUCCUUCAGGUUUUCAGCAAUAUCCUCCAGCACUGUGGUUUGCAAGGGGAUGGAGCCAGUGCCACACCCCAGAAGCUUGAAGAGAGGGGCCGGUUGACCCCCAGCGUCAUGCCUCUCCUGGAAUUAAAAGACAUUGUCCUCUACCUUUGUGAUACCUGCACUACGCUCUGGGCCUUUCUGGAUAUCUUCCCCCUGGCUUGCCAAACUUUCCAGAAACACGACUUCUGUUACAGACUGGCUUCCUUUUAUGAAAUAGCAGUUCCUGAACUAGAGUCUGCAAUUAAGAAGAGGAGGCUUGAAGACAGCAAGCUGCUAGGUGACCUGUGGCAGAGGCUGUCCCAUUCCAGGAAAAAGCUACUGGAGAUUUUUCACAUCCUCAUGAACCAGAUCUGCCUUCUCCCUGUCCUGGAAAGCAGCUGUGACAACAUUCAGGGCUUCAUUGAAGAGUUCCUUCAGAUCUUCAGCUCCUUGCUGCAGGAGAAGAGGUUCCUCCGGGACUACGACACACUCUUCCCUGUGGCUGAUGAUGUCAGCUUGCUACAGCAGGCCUCAGCGGUCUUGGACGAGACUCGGACUGCCUAUAUCCUCCAGGCAGUUGAGAGUGCAUGGGAAGGGGUGGACCGACGGAAAACCACAGAUGCUAAAGAUCCACCAGUGGCCGAGGAUCCUAAUGGGGUCAUUGCGACAGUGGAGCCAAUCAGUGGACCGUCCUCACAUCUGGAAAACGCAGAGGAAGAGGAGCUCUCUCUGCAGUGCAUGGGGGCAGCUGCUGCCCUAGGUCCCCCUGUGUGUGGUGUGGAGCUAGACUCCCUCAUCUCUCAAGUGAAGGAUCUGCUGCCAGACCUUGGCGAGGGCUUCAUCCUGGCCUGCCUGGAGCAGUACAGCUAUAACCCGGAGCAGGUGAUCAACAACAUCCUGGAGGAGCGGUUGGCCCCUGCCCUCAGCCAGCUGGACCGCAGCCUGGACAGGCAGGUAAAGCCAGACCCGACACCCCUGCUGACAUCUCGUCACAACAUCUUCCAGAAUGACGAGUUUGAUGUAUUUAGCAGAGAUUCAGUGGACCUGAGCCGGGUGCACAAGGGCAGGAGGAAGGAGGAGAACACUCGGAGCUUGCUAAACGACAAGCGGGAGGUGGUGGCGCAGCGGCAGCGCUACGAGCAGUACAGCGUGGUGGUGGAGGAGGUGCCACUGCAGCCUGGCGAGGGCCUGCCCUACCGCGGUGACGACUAUGAGGACGAGUAUGAUGACACAUAUGACGGCAACCAGGUGGGCGCCAACGAUGCUGACUCAGAUGAUGAGCUCAUCAGCCGCAGGCCCUUCACCAUCCCUCAGGUGCUGAGAACCAAAGUGCCUGGAGAAGGGCAGGAAGAGGAGGAGGAGGAAGAAGAGGAGGAGGCUGAAGACGAGGCUCCAAAGCCCGACCAUUUUGUACAGGACCCUGCAGUGCUGCGGGAGAAAGCAGAAGCCAGGCGGAUGGCCUUCCUUGCCAGGAAGGGGUACCGGCAUGACAGCUCGACUGCAGUGGCCGGCAGCCCCCGGGGCCACGGGCAGAGCCGUGAGACUACCCAGGAACGCAGGAAGAAGGAAGCCAACAAGGCCACACGAGCCAACCACAACCGAAGAACCAUGGCUGACCGCAAAAGAAGCAAAGGCAUGAUUCCAUCCUGAGGCUGUCAUGUCAGGGCCAGCCGGGAGGCAGCAGCACCAGACUUGCCAGGCUGAGUUACCAUAGCCUUGGGUCUCCUCACCACUUGGCCUCCUGCCAGGGUCCCAAAUUCAACUCCACCCCUCAACAGCCUCAGCUUUGCAGCCCCUGAGAAGGCCGCCUCGUCGUCGUCUACCAGCCAUCCGUGAGCGCCUUCUUGCAGAACACACAGUGCCUUAUCCCACAGUGGAGGAACCCCUGGGCCCAGAGAGCAGGCAAAAGGGAUGGGGACAGAGCCCCAAGGCAAGCCCCACAAACCUCAUGCAGCAAGACACCAACUACUUUUAUCCUAGAUGGCAGGAAACCUCUAAAUUCAAAAACAAAGACAAGGCCUGCAAAUAAAGUUUUUGACCCUUUCAAGCAGUGAUCCAUGAUGUGCCCCUGGUCUGCUCCGCCUGUCUCCCUUCAGCGACAGCCACCAUCAGGAGAGCAAGAGAGCAGGGUGAUCGCUGCUCUGCUCAUCAGCCUUUCAUACUUGCCUCUCAUUUUAACCCCUUCUGAUGUUGCCCUACUUUGCUGUGUGGCCCUAAGCACAUUACUUCCUUCUGUGAACCUUUAGUCCCUGCCUGCGGAAGGAAGAGAUAAGGGUGUGAGGCCCUAUGGUCCUUUCCAUGUUCUCUUUCAGUCUGUACGACCUCCACCCUAGGAGGUAGGUACUUUUUCCAGGCCCUAUGCUAUAGGUGAAGCGCUGUAAACUGAAGGUGAAGGUGCCUGCCCUGGCAACAUCCAGGAAGUGGGAGAACAAGGAUUAGACCCUCAGUCUAACCCCUGGCCUUUAUAGAAUCCUAGAUUCCCAUUGGUGGUAUCAUCGCCAUCUCAUAGCUGACCCAAGGAUACUUUUCCAGUAGCAGAGCCAGGACCAGAGCUCGGUGCCUCCUGAUUGUGUGUACACUCCAUCAAAUCCUCCAGAAUCAAGGAAUCAGAAACCAGAAGACACUAGUGAGAAUGUCACUGCUAAGCCCUGUUGAAGGACUUGGGCCUUGUUCCUUAAAACCCCCUCCUGGGCACAGCCAGUUGGUUUCCAGUGUAGCAGCAGCUGCGAGGUAUCCUGAUUCCUGGGCCCCCCCAGAAUGAUCAACAGAGGAUCGACUGUGGGGUAUUUGCUGGCCUGAUCCUACCCAACGUAGCCUGGAGUCCUUCCAUGGGAGCCAGGGCCCCUGCCCAUCUGGACCUUGACAAAUCACCCUAGAUGCUUGUGUAAUUUAUUUGCACGAGGUUAGGAUGAGUGUCUGGAGCAGCGAGGCAGACAGGCACUUGACGAAUUGGUUUUGUUAGGUCAGCUGCACAAGUGAAAAUCAAUAACAAUUCCUUUGAGUCAUGCCGGUUCUCUUGGUACAUUUGAGAUGCAGAGCAGAUACAGGAGUGGUGUCUUCCCCUUGAGCUGCCGAAUUAGCUGAGAUCAGGCUCAGGAUCAGCCAUUCUGACAGGCAGCAGGAAGACUUCUGUUUCCUCCUAGAGGCAUUUGCCAGGGAGGGUCAUUUCUUUUCUCUCUCCCUGAACACCUCAGACCCAGCUCUUGGCCCUGGAGCAAGGGGAGAUGAGUUGGGGGAGCUCUGGGCUUUACCUACCUUACUUGUUACUGUUCACACAUCCCCUCUCACCUUCAUUUUGUCAUAUGUAUACCUCCUGACUACUGGGAGUGGUGUUCAGGCCUCACAUUGGCAUCCUGGUUUAAAGGAUUGGAGAAGAUACACGAUUUUUCAGACUUUCCAGAAUGUACUCCCAAGUCAUACUUGAUCUCCCUAGAAGAACUAUGUUCUUUCUCAUUUCAGAUCUUGAGGGCACCCUUUCAGGGAUGCUUUGCAAACGCCUCACUCAGGAGUCAUCCAGAACAGUGCUGGUAGGCAUACCUCUUCCCCUCUCGGGGCCUCAGUUUUCCCAUCUGCAAAGUGGGUAUAUUGGGCCGGGUGAGUGGUUCCUUUCCACUCAGUGCCAAUUAGAUCCUCUGAGGAGGCCUCAAGAUUUAAGAUGGGCAAUGGCAGAAGUGUUACAAGUGAAAUGGGUGGGAGACCUGAGCCCUGUUCACUUGAUCACUGGGCCCCACCACCCCACUACUACUCCUAAGCAGGAAUUUCUAAGUGCCUUCUCUGCACCCUGUUAGAGAACAUGACUAUCACAGGCAUUUCCCAAGAAGCUUUUACAACCUAGUGCCUCCAAGAGGACUUAGGACUUUGAGUGUCUUUCUUCCUAGCUCAUGAGUGGCAAUGAUGGUGGACGUGUUUGUUUGAACAGUGCUUCUGUACCUCUGAGAGGUGGGUAGGGCAGAGCCUGUCACUGAUAAAAAGGGACCCAGGAGCCCAGGGAGGGCAAGUAACUUGCCCAAAGCCCAUGGCAAGUCAGCAGCAGAGCCUGGAUACAGAUCUUUCUUAAUUCCAGGUGUAGUCUGAAAAAGUAAGUGAAUAACAGGAACCUGCCUGUCCCUGUCAUAUGGGGAGCUUGGGUUAAACAAUGCAGGGAGGGAAGCAAAACACAAAAGUAAACCCACCAAAAAUGCAGGGAGUGGUUGUGGAACCCCCCUGCUUUAAAAUGAUGUCAAUGAAUACUUACUUGGUAGCAAUGUGAGAAACUAAAUAUUGAAGAAUAAAUUUGUUGUUGUUGUUGUUGUUUUUAAGAGAAUAAAUUGGAUGUUAAUGCUC